CAGGACACUUUUCAAAUAGAGCAGGUCUAGACCGAACUCCUUAUAACAUUAUUUUAUUAUUUAUUAUUAUGUCUCGACCAGUUGGGGUGAGCUAGAGAGAGACAAGAGAGAGAGAGAGAGAGACACAGACAGACAGACAGACAGACAGACAACUACACUCAUAGUAGUGACUGAUGAUGAUGAACAUGACAACAGCAACGAUGGGGGACAAUUAGCAGUGACAACAGCAACGACAGUAACCGUAGCUAUAAUAAUACUUAUAAUAAUAAUAACACUAAUAUCAGUGAUACUGGCAAUGGCAGUCAAGCAGGACCAUGGCAGGAGGCUCCACCAGGAUCCAUGAGAACCUGCGAGACGAGAAAGUACAAGAACUCCGGGGAAGAAGUGAAGAUAAACCAUCAGUUUGCAUCCAUCAUCCAACUUAACAGCAACAUGCUUCUGUUGAAUAUCUGCGUCUAUGCAAGCCUCAUGCUGUCCCUCCCUCAGUGUACGUAUCAGUCAUGCACAGAAGGGACACCCAAACAGUGCAGGGAAGCAGAAUUUGCUCCAGGUAGCAAUUUAGCUGGGGAAGGCUUCGAUAUCACCAAAAUGGAACGUAAGGGGGCCUUUGUGAUCGACAUGAAUCGGUGGAAACGCAAGGACAAGACAUGCACCCUGUGCAGCAACCCCUAUCUGCAGAACAAGAAGCAGAAGCUCCCCUUGUCAGUGGUGGACUGGAGGGCAAAGCACUCCUGCAGCAUGAAAGUGGUCAGUAAACUCCACCGAUCCAGUGAGUCUCUGGUCAGCUCUACCUCCUCUUCUGUUGAAAACAACUGGAAGACCAACUUAGAUUUUAAAGCGGGGACUAAAGGCGCCUCAUUGAUGCUGGCUGGUACCAAUUCGAAAUUGGCUGAAUACUCAAUGGCAAAAACUAAGAAUGACAAGUUCAGCUUCACAAGUCACAGCAUGUUCUGUGAGUACUACAGCUACCGAGUGACCGGCACUCCCAAGUUGCACAAAGAAUUUCGCACAGCAGUGACACGGCUCCCCAAAAUCUACAACUCUGAAACCAAGGAACGAUUUUACAAACUGAUUGACAACUUUGGCACCCAUUACAUCACCAAGGUGAAGAUGGGAGGAAGUGUUCAAUCUGUGACCAGCAUCAGGCAGUGCCAGGCCAGCCUGCAGGGCUACAGCGCAGAAGAGGUGCAGAUGUGCCUGGAAGUUGAAGCCUCCGUUAGCAUGAAAGUUACAGUAGAAGCUCAAGCAAAACACUGCAAGAAAGACAUUGAGAAGACGGAGAGUAAGUCAGCCUUCUCCAGCCUCUUCAACGACAGAUUCACAGAAAUAAAGGGGGGCCAUACGACAGAGCCAGACCUUCUCUUCUCUGCUGACAAAGAUCCUUCAGCCUACAAGCAAUGGCUGAACACAACAUCCCAGAACCCAGACAUAGUCUCAUAUUCCCUAGACUCACUGCACGAAUUACUUCCUGCAAACACUUCAACCUGGGAGAACCUGCGCUCAGCCAUAUCUCAUUACAUCCUGGAGAAAGGUCUGUGGAAGAACUGCAGUGAGAAAUGUCAAGUUGGCGUCAAGAGCGACCUGAAGGAUUCCUGCGUCUGCCAGUGCCACAAUGACCCCGCUGUAAACGCAGACUGCUGCCCGACCCGUAAGGGCAUGGCACGGGUCAUCGUAACUGUACAACGGGCUUCUGGUCUUUGGGGAGACUGGUUCACAUCCACUGAUGGCUAUGUUAAGGUGUUUUUCAACAACAAAAUGGUCCACCGUUCUCCUGUGAUUUACAACAACAACAACCCACACUGGGCCAUGGUCGCUGACCUGGGCUCCGAGGAUUUGUCAGCGGGAAAACUGAAAUUUGAAGUGUGGGAUGAGGACAACAAGUGGGAUGACGACCUGUUGGGACAAUGUGAGAUGGUUCUGUCUGCUGGAGUCAAGCAGGAUCUCUGUAACCUGCAUCACGGCAAGCUGUUCUACAAAUUGGAAGUGAAAUGCGCUCCGAGUCUGAGUGGAAGUUCAUGUAAGGACUAUAAACCUACGCCUAUGAAUCAAAAUCUGAAGAAGCUGUAUGUGUCCCGUCAUGCUCGCCGUAUUCCAAAGGCCUUCCUGUUACAGAUGGGUGUGUUUGUGGACAAAACAAGUCCACAGAGAAACCAGAGUCUUACCACUCAGAGCCUAAAGUAUGAUGAGAUAUAACACCCGUGUGUUUGGCUAAACACAUACAAUUUAUUGUGUUGAUGAGAUGAAUCUACAGAAGCUUUCUUUUCUGAAUGUAUGAUUUAUUAUCUCAUAAUUCUGAGAUAAGUUUUCAUGAAAAGAAUUCUGCUCUGUUUUUCUGAAUUAACGAGAUACCUCCAGCAGGCUCUCCGUGCCCGGGGAUGGCUCUCAGGCCACCUCAACCAAACCCAAAUCCUAUAAACAGCCUCCAGCAUGUUCCAGUUUCUAAAAAGUCCCUGCAGUCAUUGAAAUGUGAGUUUGAUUCAGUGCAUCUUUUACUUACAACUUCAUUUUUUGUCAUAUGUUUUACAGGCUUUUUUUCAGCUUUUUUCUUGUUUCUCUACAGACAUUCAUAACAUGUAGUGAUGUGUUUAAUACAUUUUAGUCCCAUUUUUGCUUUGUUGAUUUGCGGCAUGAUGUUUGACUCCAAUUCUAAACAGAGAUGUGAAGAAUAGAACAAUAAAUACAUUUUAUACCUUUAAUAGUCAGUUCUCUUCUCUUAUACUAGCGUUAUUUCUUUACAUCUCAUUAUUGCUGAUAUAAAUAUAGUUUUAACAUAUGAAUUCAUGCAUUUAUACAUUUUGAUUGAUUGUUUUCUUGUUAUCUCUAAUUUGAAUGCCACUUUCUCUGUUAAUUUCAAAUGUGUUAUAUUAUCCAUCUGUAAUGUACCUUUUUAGUGUUCUUAAAUAAAAACACUUAUAUUUAUAUAAGGGUUUUUAAUUUAUGUUCUGUGUAUUUUAAUUUAGAUUAUUUGUAUUAGCUGUGCAGAGUUUGCUGCUGAACCAGUCCAAUUCUAUCAAAGGGCUCCCUAAAAAGUGAUUCUAUCUUAUCAUAUACAACUAUUAAGUUACUUUGUAUUUGUAAUAAACUGAAGAAUUUGAUGAGA